GUAUCACUAGACAAGUUGGGAAAAUUCAGACAUUUAUAGUUAGUAACUACAUCGUGUGGGCCAUUCACUUUUAGAAUUUCGUCAGUGCAGUUUCAGUUGUUCUAAUUUCCCUAGAAAUUCCAACGAAGGAAUUAUGAAAGCGGUUUUGCUUAUUUUCCUUAUUUGCGCGGGUGCAUUUUUAAACGAAGCCAAAAAUAAUGAAAUUUGUUGGCUACCUCAGCAAAGUGGAUUCUGCAGGAUGAGGCAAUUAAGCUACUUUUUCGAUAAUUCGACUCAAACAUGCCAAUCCUUCGUUUACGGUGGUUGUGGUGGCAAUCGGAAUCGCUUCCAUACAGAAGCUGAGUGUAUAGAAACAUGCGUUUAAGUGUCACUGCCGAUCAAUUGAAGUGUUUUUUUUUUUUGGAUUUUUUAUAUUUUGGCACUAUUUUUGUACUUAUCAGUGUAAGUUUUUAAAAAAAUGAAAAUAAAAACAUCAAAAAGAAUCACAUUCGAAACCA